ACCAUGCUUAAGCUACUAGCCUUACUAGCGGUAUCAAUCGCUAUUGCUGUGUCCCAGGAUGCGAGUCGACCGAUCAUAACAACAACCGGUGGCCAGGUUCAGGGGAUAACAUCCAGCUGUGGUCUGUUUUGCAGUUAUUUCCAGUUCAAUGGAAUCCCGUUUGCUGAACCUCCGGUGGGUGACCUACGUUUUCGGAAUCCGGUUCCACACGCUGGUUGGAGUGGGGUUCGCGAUGGAACGGAAUUUGGAAACAACUGUGCCCAAUUGAGUCCCCUUAGCGAGUACUCCGGAAGCGAGGAUUGUCUUUACAUUAAUGUCUACACGCAGAACAUAAUUGGAUCACGACCGGUGAUGGUGUGGAUUCAUGGGGGAGCCUUUGUGUUGGGUUCUGGAGAUGCGAGGAUUUACGGCCCGGAACACUUGAUAACGGAGAAUGUGGUUGUCGUUUCGUUUAACUACCGUUUGGGAAUUUUUGGAUUCUUCAGUACGGGAGACACCCAUGCUCAGGGUAACUGGGGGUUAAAGGAUUGUAUCGAAGCUCUGCGAUGGGUGCGUGAUAAUAUAGCUGCUUUUGGAGGAGACCCAAAUAAUGUGACGAUUUUCGGUGAAAGUGCAGGAGGAGUUCUGGUGCAUUUCUUGGUGUUGUCUUCGAUGGCUGCUGGACUGUUUCAUAAAGCGAUAGCUCAAUCAGGAACAGCGCUAGUUCCGUGGGGUUUCCAAUAUAACCCGCGGGAAAUGUCGCAGAAUAUUGCUGACGCUUUUGGAUAUACACAUGAAACUGAAGAACUUACACGGCUUCUACGAUACACUCCGAUCGCAGACUUCAUAGCUCUUCAGAGAAGUAUAACGGAUAUUCCUAUUCCUCGUGGUUUCAAACCCUUCGAGUAUGUCCCUAGUGCGGAACCAGUGAACUCACCUGAGCCCACAGCUAUUACUCAGCGGCCGAUUGAGAUUCUGAACGCUGGUACCUUCAAUCAUGUUCCGUUAAUGAUCGGCUACACAAGCAUGGAAAGUUUGUUUAUGGUUCGAGAGCAUUUACUAGAUUCAACGGUAUGGAACGAGUUCACACGAAAUCCAGGGUUUUUCGUGCCACAUUUCUGGAAUAUUCCAGCCGGUACCACUGAGGCUAGCGCAGUGAGCCAAGCAUUCCGUGAUUUCUACUGGCAGGAUCAAGCUCUCGGCCCGGACAUUAUGCUAGAAUGGAGCAAAUUUCAUACAGAUCAACAGUUUAUCUAUGCUGUGGACAAAACAACUCGCUUAACGGCGGCAGCCAAUUCACAACCAACCUUUUACUAUCAAUUUAGCUUUGACGGCGAUCUGAACCUCAUGAAACGACUUCUACUGCUAACGGACUUCCCUGGUGCGGCGCACGCAGAUGAGCUCGCUUACAUAUUUUCUAUCACAAAUCUUCCAGUUUCGCCGGUUCUUCCUUCCAACAUUGCACUCACUGUCCGUGCCCGAAUGGUUCGUAUGUGGACUAACUUUGCUAUCACGGGAAAUCCGACGCCAAACUCGGACACAGACCUGCAAAACGUUCUGUGGCCCGCAAUUCAGGGCGGUAACAUGGCGUACCUGGAUAUAAGUGACGAUCUUUUUGCCGGCAACCAUCCGAACCAGGAUCGCAUCAGCCUCUGGAGUGAUUUGGAAGAACGAUAUGCCAACGAUCCGUUCUAUUAUCCGUAUCAAUAGGGGUA